CGCCAGGCGGGGUGGCCGGGCCGCCGUGCGUGACGUAGCGCCGGCCAGGGCGUUAUCAGCUGCGGGGCGCGCGGACAGCGGACGGACGGCGCCGCCCGGGCCGGGUCUGCUGCAGCCGGCUGCGGCGCGCGCGCGCGCGGGACCCGAGCGCUUGUGGCCUCCGCCCCGCCGCGGGGCAGCAUGAGCCGGGCGUCCUCCGCCCGGGCGGCCCCGCUGCGGUGACGGGUGCUCGCUGUCGGGGUAGGGGCCAUGAAGCCGAGCCCGGCCAGCGCGGCCAGGGAGCUGGAGCCGCAGGCACAGGCGCCGGCCCGGGGCGAACAGCGUGUGGCGGAGGCCGAGGGGCGCUGGCGGGAGAAGGGCGAGGCGGACACGGAGCGGCAGCGCACCCGAGAGCGCCAGGAGGCCACGCUGGCCGGGCUGGCGGAGCUGGAGUACCUGCGCCAGCGCCAGGAGCUGCUGGUCCGCGGUGCCCUGCGCUGCGCCGGGGGCGCGGGGACCGCGGCGCGGGGCGCCGGGGAGCUGCCGGGGGACGUGGCGCAGCGCAGCCGCCUGGAGGAGAAGUUCUUGGAGGAGAACAUCUUGCUGCUGAGGAAGCAAUUGAAUUGUUUGAGGAGAAGAGAUGCUGGUUUGUUGAAUCAGUUGCAAGAACUUGACAAGCAGAUAAGUGACCUGAGACUGGAUGUAGAAAAGACAUCUGAAGAGCGCCUAGAGACAGACAGUCGACCUAGCUCAGGGUUUUAUGAGCUGAGUGAUGGGGCUUCAGGAUCUCUUUCUAAUUCCUCUAACUCGGUAUUCAGUGAGUGUCUAUCCAGUUGUCAUUCCAGCACCUGCUUUUGCAGCCCCUUGGAGGCAACCUUGACUAUCUCAGAUGGUUGCCCCAAAUCUGCAGAUGUGAAUCCCAAGUACCAGUGCGAUCUGGUGUCUAAAACCGGGAAUGACGUUUAUCGCUAUCCCAGUCCACUUCAUGCGGUGGCUGUGCAGAGCCCCAUGUUUCUUCUUUGUCUGACCGGCAACCCUCUGAGGGAAGAGGAGAGGCUUGGCAGCCAUGCCAGUGACAUUUGCGUUGGAUCUGAACUAGAUGCCACCAAAACAGACAGUUCCUUAUCAUCCCCAAGCAGUCUGUGGUCUGCGUCCCAUCCUUUAUCCAGCAAGAAAAUGGAUGGCUACAUUCUGAGCCUGGUGCAGAAGAAAACACACCCUGUAAGGACCAACAAACCCAGAACCAGUGUGAAUGCCGACCCCACGAAAGGGCUUCUGAGGAAUGGGAGUGUGUGUGUCAGAGCCACUGGUGGCAUGCCCCAGGUCAGUGGUGUGACCCUUAAGAAUGCCAAACAGGGGUGCUUGCCCUCUGGGGGAAUUCCCUCUUUGGACAACGGGGUUUUCUCCCCUCUGAAGCAGUGGUCAAAAGACUCAAAGGCAGAGCAGCUGGAAGGCAAGAGGCUGCCACCACCUGAGGUCUGUGCAGAACCCCAAAGCAAACAUGUCUCCCAGAACGCCAAGGCAGCCCACCAAGAGCAUGCAUGGUGUCCCACCACUGCAACUGAGGAGUGCCUUAAAGAAGGCAGUCAGCUCUCCGGUGCCCCUGAGAAAGAAAGCCCUGGCCGAAGUCCAGUCUCCCCACCAGAGAGCAAAGUCCCACAGCCACCGAAAAAGAUGCUGCAGAAAAGCAGCCUGCAGGCCAUCCCUGCGCCCGCACUGCCUCCGCUGCUGCCUCCAGCCUUCGCGGUAGAGGAGAGGCCGACCGUAGACUUCAAAAGCGAGGACUCUUCGCAGAGCCUAGAGGAAGGACACCUAGUCAAAGCUCAGUUCAUCCCGGGGCAGCAGGCGGGCAGCAGGCUCCACCGCAGCCACCGCAACACGGGCGUGGCGAGAAGCUCCACCCUGAAGCACCGGAGCCAGGGACUGCAGGGGCUAGAGAGUGGCCUGCCCACCGUCAGGGAGAAGACCCGGGCAGCCAGCAAGAAGUGUCGCUUCCCUGAUGACUUGGAUACAAAUAAGAAACUCAAGAAAGCCUCUUCCAAGGGCCGGAGGAGCGGGGGCGCACUGCCUGAGGCCGGUCUUCCGGGCAGGUCCCUGGGCGCAGGCGGCCACAGGGCGGGGCUCAGGGCGCACGGCCACGCGCGCGAGGCGGUGGUGGCCAAGCCGAAGCACAAGCGCACUGACUACCGACGCUGGAAGUCCUCGGCCGAGAUCUCCUACGAAGAGGCGCUGCGGCGGGCUCGCAGGGCCCGCAGGGAGCCCGUGGGCAUGUACCCCGUGCCCGUGGCGCUGCCCUACGCCAGUCCCUACGCCUACGUGGCCAGCGACUCCGAGUACUCGGCAGAGUGCGAGUCGCUCUUCCACUCCACCGUGGUGGACACCAGCGAGGACGAGCGCAGCAACUACACCACCAACUGCUUCGGCGACAGCGAGUCCAGCGUGAGCGAGGGCGAGUUCGUGGGCGAGAGCACCACCACCAGCGACUCCGAGGAGAGCGGGGGCCUCAUCUGGUCCCAGUUUGUCCAGACUCUGCCAAUCCAGACAGUCCCGGGCCCGGACCUUCACAACAAUGCCACGAAAACCUUUGUCAAAAUCAAGGCCUCGCAUAACCUCAAGAAGAAGAUCCUCCGCUUUCGGUCUGGCUCUUUGAAACUCAUGACCACAGUUUAAGUCUCAUCGUUGGUGUAGAAAGUGUUCCCUCACCACCCACCCAUUUCUGAAGGAAAAAAAAAAAAAAAGAAAAUUCCUAAUUUUUGUGUAAUAACUGUCAUAGGGUGCUUCUCUUUUAUUAAGAUAAAACCUAGUUAAAUUGUGUCUCAUCUUCGUUAUACAUGGACGCUAGUGCCUUUAACGGACGGUAACGGAUGUGUUGCUAGCUAGAAGUCGGUAUUGAGGUUUUAAUGGUGGUGAUAGUGAAUGAAUUUUAGGGUAGCAGCUGAUUAUUAUUUUAAAUUUUCUCAGCAUCUGGCAAAGGUACUGGUUUUAAUGGUCAAGUUUUUUUGGGAUGGCAACUUUUGAUAUCAAAGUCAGGUGGGUGGAAUUUUAGGACUUAAAUUUGCUCUUUGUUCAGGGCAGUGUCUCCACAAGGGCUUUCCUGUUGAAGGGCAUUACAUAUAGUUGUACAGUUUUGUGACGUAGGUAGAGAGGCAGUCAUUGUUUCCUGUAAGUUUUUUGGUUUUUUCUUUUUGGAGUAUAGUCUACAUUUCUCAGAUGUUUCUUCACCCUAUUUUCAUCUCUGAACUGUUCCGUUUAUUGAACUCAGAACUUGUAGACCAGAUCCUAAGUCCAGAUAUGGCAACCUGGAUAGGGAGUCACAAAAACUUUUGCCACACUUGGUGCCUCGGCCCUGGUUACAGUAACCCCCUUUUGGGCCAUAUAACCAGUAUAGUGAUGCCUUUCUCUGCAUCCCUGAUUUGUAGCCAAUACAAUCAUUUGUCCUUUGGAGGACGUGCCUUUGGUCCUCUGGUACAGAGAAAUUCACUCUUGAUGAACUUACUUUUGGGCAUGACUCCAUGCCCAGAAUUGCUCACUGAGCACUGUGCCACCUAAGCAUUGGCCUAAACGUUAGUGCAAUCUAGUCCAGAUUGGACCACUGACCCUAUCUGGAAGGGCUUUUUUUUUUAAAAAAAAUUUUUUUGGUGAACAGUAUUGUGUAAAAUUGCUUUUUAUACCAAUAUAUGCAUGUUUUGUGCAUGAUUAGUAUUUGUUUUGAUAUUACUGUUGUUAAA